AUGCUGAGUGAAGCUGAACAGAUUGCAUUUCAAAUUGCAGUGACUCCGUUUAUUGCUGGCUUGAUAAAUGAAUUAGCAAUUUCAGUUCAACUCGAAGUAGAUUAUUUAAUAGCUCUGGCACCAUAUUUGAAGAAUGAAAAACAACCUCCAAUCGAAAUUCGAGCAAAGGCAAAAUGGAAUGCUUUUACUAGUCAGAUUUUCAUUACUGAGCCAAAAUCAAUUCUUAUAAACAAGCAGUGUUUGGAAAAUAUCAGUGAUCUUGUAAUUAUGGGCUUCAAUAAACAACAACUAACUCUGCUGGAGCAUAAUGUAUUAUCGACAGUCUACUUGGAAAGAAUUUAUGAAAAAUGUAAAACUCAGCGUCCUGUCUUACUGGAAGUACUUGAGAGAAUAUUAGAGACAAAAUUUGAAUUUGAAGAAAUUCGACAGUAUGCUGGAUUAGCAAAUCUAUUCAGUCGUUUACCACAACGCGAAGCAUUUAUACUCUCCGAUACUUGUGGUAAUGUUGAUGGUUCAACAGGAAAUCCGCUAAGUAAUGUGAUGUUUGGUAAAGAUGAGAGCAUCAUUUAA